AAUAGUUAUAAAUAUUAAAUAAAUGCUUAUAAUCAUUUAUUGAAAAAGGAUUUACAUGUAAUAAAAGUUUAUCGAGAAAUUUUUUUGCUUCUUAUCUUUAAUAUUUGAUUUAAUACGUCAGUUGUUAUAUACAGUGUUUUUAUGUAAUGUAGUACAAUCAUUCAAAUAUGCUGUCUAAUAUGAAUCUAGGAAUAGGUUAAUCAGUAGUUAUUCUUCAGUCUUAUUAAAUGUAUCAUUGAGAAUCUCUUUAUUAUAAGUUAUAUUAUGAGUAUCAAUAUGAGAAUUAUUUUUAAAUCAUAUCAAAAAUUACUGUCAAAAUAUCCAGUGAGAAUUCAAGCAAUGCAAGCUGGUAUUUUAAUGGGACUAGGCGAUCAAUUAUCACAGAAUUUAAUAGAACGAAGAAAAUUUAAAGAUUUAGAUUUUGUAAGAACUAGUCAUUUUGCUAGUAUUGGCUUUUUUAUAGCCGGUCCAGCAACUACAACAUGGUACCGUAUAUUGGAUAAAUAUAUUGGUUCCAAAGGAGGAGUUAUAGUUGUGAAGAAAGUUUUAUGCGAUCAACUACUUUUUGCUCCUACUUUUUUAAGUAUUUUACUCGUUUCUAUCGGAUUAUUACAAGGGAGUAAUAUCAAUAGUUUAAAACAUAAAUUGGAAACUAGUUACUUUGAAAUACUAAUAAAUAAUUAUAAGAUUUGGCCAAUGGUACAGUUAGUCAAUUUUUAUUUUAUUCCAUUACAGUAUCAAGUAUUACUUGUACAAUCAGUUGCAUUAUUAUGGAAUACAUAUAUUUCCUAUAUAACUAAUACAAAAGUAAGAUAAUAAGUAUCUAUAAUGAAAUUAAUAUUUUAAAAAUUAAAGAAAUUAUCUUUUUUAUUUAUCUUCAUAAAUAAAUAAGAAUGGAAGACUACGGGUAGUAUGGAUUAGAUGAUAAUUCCUUAGAUUACUAGGAUGACACAAAACAUCAAAAAGAUUUAAUAUGUGCUUUUAAAAAUGAUUGUGCUACUAUAAUUACUUGUACAUUCCAAUAAAGAUAUGUAUCUGCAUUAACCAUAUAAUAUAUUAUGUAACAUAUA